UCAUGCUACUUGCAAGCAGCUCAUUUGAAGGAGCCCCAGCCAAGUGCAAGGAGGAUGAAUGAACCCUACAGCCCCGAGACACCCCGACCCAUCAGCGGCACCUCGCCCGGCACCAUGAAGAUGUUCAUGGUCUUCCUCACCGUAUUUAUUGUCGCACAGAUGAUCGGCACCGUACUCUUCUGUUUAUAUCUUCACAUGAAGAUGGAUAAGAUGGAAGAGGUAUUGAGCUUAAAUGAAGAUUACAUCUUCCUGAAGAAAGUACAGAAAUGUCAGACAGCAGAAGGUCAGAAGUCGACAUUACUGGACUGUGAAAAGAUUUUAAAGAGUUUCCGGAAUGUCCAGUACAAGGAUGGAGCCAUCAAGGAGCAGCCCAAAUUUGAAAAGCAGAGAGGUCAUGAGCACCAUGAACACUCCCAUUUGACACACAAGAAUGAGACGUCGGUGGCAGCAGAGAAGAGGCAGCCAAUUGCAGUCCACCUGGCAGUUCAGAGGAGCAACAAUACAGCCUCAGGGCUACAGUUGCAGGAGACCAUGUAUGGCCCCACAAACAUCUUGAUAUCCAACCAGAAGGGGAAACUGAAGGUGAAGGAAGCAGGGCUCUACUACAUCUACUCCCAAGUCAGCUUCUGCACCAAGGAAGCAUCUUCAGCACCCUUCACCCUCUAUGUUUACUUGCAUCUCCCCAAGGAGGAGGACCGGCUCUUGCUGAAGGGACUACAGACACAGGGCACAGGGAAGGACUGUGAACUCCGGUCCAUCCGGGUGGGAGGUGUCUUCAAGCUCCGGGAAGAUGACAUGGUCUUUGUCAACGUGACAGACUCUACAAAACUGAUCGUCAGCCAUGGCAACAACUACUUUGGCAUCUUCAAGCUGUAGUGACGGAGGGGCCAUCCUGAGCUGGGGUUCCAGCAUAAUUUUGUUGAGCAACGUGCCUUUCCCUGUUUCCCUUAUUUAUGU